AUGAUGACGGUAAAAGUGAUAAAGACGAAGAGGAAGUGAUUAAGGUACAAAGAAAGAAGCUUGAGACAAAAAAAAAAGCAGUAAAACGGAAGAUGGCUGAGGCCAUUAUAGAUGCCCACGAAAAAGCCCGAGCUAGUACAAGUGCAGACACUGAAGAUGUGGUUGAAAUAGAUAACUCAGCCUCAACCAUAGAAGCACCACCACUGAGAUUACUUUUACCGAACAACUUGAAUUUGAAUAAUGAGGCGAAUCUCACUGUAGGAACGAAAAGAUCCGAUCUUAUUUACUUGGGAGAGGGCGAGUGGAUUAGAGAAGUUGCUUAUAAUAAAUCAAAAAGUCAAGUUAAACCAAGUCUCUUCGUUACAAAAUUAGCUUAUGCCCUCUGGGGGCAAGAACAAUUGGCUAAUAGAUCUGUCGCUCACAUAGAGGGGAGAGAGAACCGUCCACUUCUCGAAGAAAAUAAAAAGUUAGUUGUAAUAAAUCAGUUUGAGAGGUAUCUUAGACACCGCGAUAAAAUGACACAAACUGUUGAAAUGAAGGAAGUAAAUGCUUACCUGGGACGAGCCAUUGGAGGCGCCAGAAAGACGAUAGCCAAAAAAAAACGUAAGGGUAGGAACAAUGAAAACGAUUCUGAUGAA